UUCGCGCUCUCCGCCGUGCCCCAUGCAUGUCCCUCCGCGCUUGCCGUCCCCCGGCAGCCAAUCAGUAGUGGUGCGGCGGAGCGGGCGGGAGCCGGUGUGCGGCGGGGUCGGCCAUGGAGGACGUGUGCGCCAAGUUCGUGUCGCAGAAGAUCAGCAAGGCGCGCUGGCGGCCCCUGCCCGCCGCCGCCCUCCAGCCCCCGGACAUCUUCGCCACCGGCUCCUGGGACAAUGAGGAUAACAGGAUUUCCGUUUGGUCUGUUGGAGACCUUGGAAAUGCGGGCCUCAGCGGGGAGUACCAAGGAGAGCCUCAGCUGCUGUGUGACAUCCGGCACAACGGUGAUGUUAUGGACAUGCAGUUUUUGGAUCAAGAGAGAAUUGUGGUUGCUUCAUCAACAGGAACUGUAACUGUAUUCCGUCAUCAUCAAAAUAACCAGACUUUAUCAGCCAAUCAGCGGUGGGAGAAAGCCCAUUAUCAUGUGGAUCAAGAUACAUCUUGUGGUGGAGCAGCAUGUACCGGAGUUAUCUGCAACAAACCAGAAAUUGUCACUGUUGGAGAAGAUGGUAGAAUAAACCUCUUCAGAGCUGACCAAAAGGAUGCAGUAAGAACUAUAGACAAUGCAGACAGCAGUACACUCCAUGCUGUGACUUUCCUCCGCACAACUGAGAUCUUGACAGUAAAUUCAAUUGGACAGUUAAAAAUAUGGGACCUCAGACAGCAAAGAAAUGAGCCAUCUCAAAUAUUUUCUUUGACAGGAGACAGAGUUCCACUGCACUGUGUGGACAGGCAUCCCAACCAGCAGCAUAUUGUGGCCACAGGGGGCCAAGAUGGGAUGCUGAGUAUAUGGGACAUCAGGCACGGUACCAUGCCAGUGUCCCUACUAAAUGCUCAUGAAGCAGAAAUGUGGGAAGUUCACUUCCAUCCCUCCAACCCUGAACACUUAUUUACAUGCUCUGAAGAUGGAUCUCUUUGGCACUGGGAUACUUCCACAGACAUAUCUGAAAAACCCUCUUUUCUUCAUCAAGGAGGAAGAAGUACUGCCUAUUUUUCCCACAAUACCAUUAACCAGUCUGUAGUAAGUGCCUGGCUGAGCAAUGAUCCUACCAAAGACCGCAUGGAAAUCACCAACUUAGUUCCAAAUCAGACCUUGUCUGUGAACAGUUUAGAUAUUUUAGGACCAUGCCUAGUAUAUGGUACUGAUGCAGAGGCUAUCUAUGUGAACAGACAACUUUUUGCAUAAAACUACCGAAGUGCCCCUUUGAAGUACUGAUCCCCUGGAACUAUUUGGAAAUGCCAGGUUCAUUCUUAAUGAUACUCAUUAGUCUGUUAGCACCGUGUGGGAGAGAGGCAGUCCUGGUACUGCACAAGAAAUGUAAAGUACCUUGGAUUCUGACAGCUCUCACUCAUUACUGAUGCUCCAGGAUGGGUAACUUAUAUGUAAACUUGUCAUUUCUUCCUUAGUGCCUGUUUGAUUUUGGAAAACAGGAAAGUAAUCACUAGGGCAAGAUACUUGCUGUAAACAGAUCUCCAUUAUACACAUAUGCAUACAAAGCAAAGAAAAGGUAAACCCCUGAUUUUUAUUAUAACUUUUUUUCCUGGUAAAGAUAUUUUUCAAAUAUUAUUUCUAAGGUCAGACUUUGGGGUUCUUUGAAAUUCUUUUUAUGUCACCUGAGAUUUUUUUAAGCUGAGUUUUUUAUAUAUUUAGGGGAACAUAACUUUUUAUGUCAGUUCAUGAGAAUUGGAAAGCUGUUAAAGCUGUGAAAUGUGAAAGGUUCUGUAGGAAUCUUAACAUUUUAGUAAUAUUAUUUUGGAUUAUUUACAGCUUCAUCAUGGAUGUUGCAUGUUAAAACUAGACCUUGAUAACAUGCCACUAUGUCCCUCAACAGAAACGUGUUUUUUAUAGCUAAGAGGUCAUAAUUGACAGAUGUGUCAGCUGUGAUUGCGGGAGUGAGAACAGUUUCUAAACUUGAGACAUGGUCUUUGUCAUGGUCAACGUUUCACAUCUGGUUUGUUGCAAUGUUUGAGAAGUUAAAUUUUAUGAUGAGCGUGGCACCUGUUUUGUUGCAGAGAACCCCUUCUCUUUUUAAUAAAGAGUUUUGCACAAGAA